GUUGCAGCGGCUUCUUAGAAGAGAAGAGUUUGACUUUAAAAGUGUGAAGAUGUCCAAAACUAUUAAGGAACGACAAGAUAACUCUGCACUGUUUGUUCUCUCUGCAGUGGCUUUAGCCUUGAUUACAAUUCUUACCGUUUGGAGGUUAAAACAAUUUAAAUACAGAGUGAUAAAUGAAACUGGGGGUGCAAUGUUUUACGGUGUCUUCCUGGGUUUAGCCGUCAAGUACUUAUGGCUGGAUGGAGAGGAGCAUUUGGAGAACAUGGCCGACGUGUGCUCUUGCCAUGGUCUGAACAGCACUCCUCGUGUCAUAAUGGUCAACACCUCAUCCCAAGGGCACUGCUACGCACGUAUCAGAAAGAUGGGCCAGAGAUGCUCGCAGCUCUCAAGUACUCACACGGCUACGCUUGAUCCAGAGGUCCUUUUCAAUCUUUUCCUGCCACCAAUCAUCUUCUUUGGGGCUUACACCCUGAAUCAGAGACGAUUCAUUGAUAAUCUGGGCUCUGUUUUAACCUAUGCCUUUCUGGGAACGGUGAUCAGCUGCUUUUGCAUAGGGGCCUGCGUCUACGGCUUCACCAGACUCAUGGUGCUUCUGGGACGAGCAGCAGAUGGAGAGUUCUCCCUCACUGACUGCCUCCUGUUUGGUGCAAUCAUGUCAGCCACUGACCCCGUCUCAGUUCUUGGCCUGCUGUCGGACCUGGGCGUGGAUACUGAUCUGCAUGCCCUGCUGUUUGGAGAGAGUGUCCUUAAUGACGCCGUAGCCAUCGUUUUGACACACGCUAUCUCCUCCUAUGACCAGCUGGGAAGAGGAAACAUCUUUGACCCACCUGCUUUCCUUCGCUCUGUGGGUUUUUUCCUUGGAGUGCUCAUUGGCUCCUUCCUCCUUGGAUUCAUAUUCACAGUAAUAACAGCCCUCCUCACCAAAUUCACACGACUGCAUGAAAAUCCUCUGCUGGAAACAUCAGUCUUGUUCCUGCUGUCCUGGAGCAGUUUCCUCUCUGCAGAAGCCUGCGGACUUUCAGGCAUUGUUGCAGUUUUAUUUUGUGGCCUGAGUCAAGCAAAGUACACAACUCUAAAUUUGUCACACGAGGGAAGGACGAGAACUAAACAGCUCUUUGAAGUCCUCAACUUCCUUGGGGAGAUUUUCAUCUUCGGCUACAUGGGAUAUAUAUGGUUUACAUUUCGUCACCAUGCCUUCAGAGCUCUCUUCAUCUCUGGGGCAUUUCUAUCUAUCUUUAUUUCAAGAGCCUGCAACAUCUAUCCUUUGUCUUUCCUUAUAAACUUGGGGCGUAGGAACAAGAUAUCUCGCAACAUCCAACACUUCAUGGUAUUUGCAGGUUUAAGAGGCGCUAUUUCUUUUAGCCUGGCUGUGAGAAACACAUCGACAGAAGCACAGCGCACAAUCCUCACCACCACUCUACUUCUGAUAAGCUUCACUGUCUGGGUGCUAGGUGCAGCUGCUGGGCCCCUGCUGGAACAUAUGGACCUCAGAGUGGAAGAGGACACAGAUGUCAGUUUGCAGGAUGUCUGCUCUGAGGUUGAUACUGAGAGAGUAGAGACACCACAGAGCCUAUGGCAACGUCUGGACCACCAAUAUCUAAAGCCCCUGCUAACACACUGUGGCCCCCCGCUGACGGACACGCUGCCGCAGUGGUGUGGUAGAUUUACUGGAGUCUUCUGUUGCCACCGUAAGCAGAAG